CUGCAGCCAGCAAGCUGGAGGUCUCCAUGCCGGCAGUGGUCGAAGUGGAGAACGGGGGCACAGCCAGGAUCGAGUGCAACUUCGACAUCCCUGGAAAUGGUUCCUACACCUACAUCAACUGGUCUUAUGUGAAUCGACCGCAACAACAAGGUGAGGCUGUACCACAUCACGGCAGCGAGAUCCUGGAGGAGAACAUGGACUACAAGGGGCGGCUGUCGGUGGGGGAGGACAAGGCCCUCUCCAUCAGCAAGGUGACAACGCAGGACGCCAAGACCUUUGUGUGCCAGGUCGGGGCGGGCAGCCAUGGUGUGGGCGAGAACCGCACCGAGCUCCACGUCUACAAGGUCCCUGAGGCCCCUGAGAUCACCGCCCAGUCGGCAGGCAUCUCCGUGCACAGCAGUGAAAUCCCGCAGAUUGCCCAGUGCGUGAGCAAGAAUAGCUACCCGUCCCCCAACAUCACGUGGCACAAGAAUGGGGAGCAGCUGGAGGGGAAGAUGAAGAUCCCGUUCACACGGACCCGUGAGUCGAGCGGGCUGUACACGGUGACUAGCACCCUCUUUGCCCCUGUCACCCGGGAGGACCGCAACUCCCUCUACUACUGCACCGUGCACUACUGGCUGCGGGGACAGAGGCGUACCGUGGAGUCGCAGCGGGUCAACAUCACCGUCUUCUACCCCGCGGAGCACGUGAAGCUGCAGGUCAUGCCGUCCUCGGCGCUGGUGAAGGAAGGGGAUGACGUGAAGCUGGUCUGUGAGGCUGAUGGGAACCCAGCGCCUGUCUUCAGCUUCUAUAAGAGAGAGCUGGACGACAGCUGGCAGGACCUAUCGUCGCUAGCAGACACCAACAGUGGGGUGCUGAACCUGCACGAUGUGAAUAAGAGCAGCAGUGGCCUGUACAGGUGCCAGACCCUGGACUUGGACGAUAUGAGACAGCUAGAGAAGGAUGUGGAGCUUGUUGUGAACUACAUUGAAGGGGUCCACGUGAAGAUGGAGCCAUCCUCACCCGUUCGGGAAGGGGAUAGCGUGAGGCUGAGCUGCGAUGCCCACAGCCCUGUGGCCCUGGACUAUCAGUGGACGGAUGCAAAGGGCAGGGAGGUCGAGAAAGGAAACCAGCUCUUCCUGAGCAACCUUACCUUUGAGACCUCCAGCAACUUCAGCUGCAAGGUGAAGGCACCAAGCGUGCCGGGGCUGGAGCAGAGCAAGCAGGUGUCCGUGGCUGUUCAGGGGAAGCCACGGAUUGUCGCCAUCAGCUCCCCGAUGUACGUGCGGCAGGAUGAAGUGGUGAACCUGACCUGCAAGGCCAUCGCUUUCCCCAGGCCCUCUGUCCGCUGGAAUGUCAACGGGACGGCUCAUGAGUACGUUGAAAAUCAGCACGUCGCCAGCAACCUGACGGUGCGCGUGAACCAUGACCUGCUGCGGGCCGGAGCCAUGUGCAUGGUCUCCAAUGCGCUGGGUUUCAGCGAGGAGCACAUCCAACUUCUGGAUCAAAAGGCAGCGGAAAGCAAAGGGGUGAUCAUCGUGGCAAUCAUCGUCUGCAUCCUCGUGGUGGCUGUGCUGGGUUCAGUCAUCUAUUUCCUGCACAAGAAAGGCAAGAUCCCAUGUGGCCGCGCUGGGAAACAGGACAUCACAAAGCCAGAGGCACGUAAAGACAAGAUUGUAGUUGAAGUUAAGUCAGAUAAACUUUCCGAAGAGGCGGGGCUCCUGCAGGGUGCCAACGGUGAGAAAGGGGGGUGCACCAAGGUUUGCUUCCACAACAGCGGGACUUUCACCGAGGAAAUGGGCUGGAAUCAGCGGUCGGCUAACGAGGUACAGGAGCUACUCGUCGAUAACCCU